UGAGACGGAAAUACGCUGCGCCAUUUAAUUUGCUGUCUCUGUGUCGCUCUCUUCUCUUGGUCUGCACACUCCCCUGAAGCAGCUUGGUGUUGGGGUUGCUGUCAUCUCCAUGUGCGUAGAUGAGGCGGCGGCGGAAGGCUUCUUCGUCCGCGGGCGGAGCGGAGCACCACCCCCAUUCGCGCCGCCGGAUGCGCGGUCGGGAUCUGUUCUUCUGCUUCGGCUCCCAGCCGUCCUCGAAGUCCGUCCUCAGUCCCGGCCGCGGACGCGAGGCCUCGGCGGGGCCGUCGCUCUCCUCCUCGCUCAGCCGACGACUCCGCAGUAGCGGGAGCGUCAAGGGCGGCCAGUCGCCGAUGUUUCCCUCGGUGGUCGGGGGGAGACGGAAAGGCGUCGCCUUUGAGGCCGCCGAACCCUCCUCGCCCAAGGUCACCUGCAUCGGCCAGGUCCGCGUCAAGAGCAAGAAGAAGGCUGCCGCCGCCGCUGCGGCCGCUGCUGCCGCCGCCGCCAAGGGCAAGGGCGUCGCAAUGCGGUCGCGGUCGAUGAGGGGCAGCGAGAUCGAGGCCAGCUUCCGGCGGACGGAGGGGAUCGGCGGGGUGCGCGAGUGCCUUCCGAUCAGGAGCCAGAGGUGGGCCUACCAGCUUCCUGUGAGCAUUUGCGAGGCGCUGCGGGCGAUCGGGUCGGAGUUCAAUUGCUUCUCCCCCUGCAGCGGAAGAUCCCUGUGUUCCUCUUUGCAGUCCGGCAAAGGGAAGGAAGCCGAAAAGAGGUCGAAUUCCUGUGGCGCCGUGUUGACACGGUGGCUGAUGGUGGCUCCCGACCGCAACGACGGGAAGAGAAGGGAGAUGGUUAGCAUGGUAGUCGAUAACCGGAAGCAAAGGGAGACGACGACGCUAGUGAAAGAGCGCAUAGACGGUGAAGAUUUGGAGCUGGAGAUGAGGGAAGAGGUGGUGAUGGUGUUGGAGAAAGGGAAAAUUAAAGAAGAGGAGGAAGCUAGGGUUAGCAUUUGCAUUCCCCCCAAGAAUGCUCUACUUCUGAUGAGAUGUCGAUCCGAUCCGGUGCAGAUGGCCGCACUGGCGAGCCGGUUCUGGGAGUCGCCAGCGAUGCAGGUGCGCGUGGAAGAGGGCGACGGGAAAGGGAAGGAAGAUGGUGCAGAUGGAGCAUCAGAGGGAGAAAAGAGGGAUUUUGAAGUUGCUAAAGAGGAGCUGAAAUCUGAAAGUGAUCAAGUUGCGAUUUUGAUAGCAGAAGAGGCAAAAGAAGAGACGAUGCCACUCGUUCCUGAUGAAUCGAAGCCAAGCAAAGAUGAAGAUCGAUCGAGAACUCAGGAAGAACUAGCUGUAACUGAUGCAGAGAAAGCAGAGAUCGAAAUUAAGACUCCCUUGGAGGAUAAGAAAGCAAAAGGAAGGGAAGAUGUAAAAGGAAAGAGAGACGGUAGCUGUUCAUCUGCGAUGGAAAAGGAAGAGAGGAGAUCCAAUAGGCAUUCUUCCAGAUCGAAGGAGAUGAGCAAGAGACGCAGUUCGGCUUCGAGAGAGAGGGACAGGCGGCGGCAUAGCUUCUCCACUGACAGGGAGGUGGGGAGGUCGACCUGCAGCAGUGACAAGGAAACAAGGAGAGCAAGUUUCUCCGGCGAAGCCAAGGGGAGGUGGAGUUUCUCCAUUGAGAAGGAAGAUAAGAUGGCUAAAGAAGAAUUCUCAGCCAAAGAGAAAGGAACAACUAACAAGGUUGUGGCUCAAAAUUCUCCUCGUGCCGAAGAAAAAGAGGACUACAGUGAAGUAAUUGAUCGAGAUGGAGGGGAAAGGGCAGUAGGAUCGGAGACUGGAGAGAAGAAAGAGCCGGAGAAGAAGAGCAUGGCGUUGCCUGAGUGCCUUCUCCUAAUGAUGUAUGAGCCAAAGUUAUCCAUGGAGGUUUCCAAAGAAACUUGGGUUUGCAGCAACGACUUCCUACAAUGGCAGCUUCACCACCCUAAUUAUCGUCCUCGGCACCCUUCUAAAGCCACCGCUGCUAUUGGCAACAUGACUGAUACCUCCACAAGUGCUGCUGCGGCGGCAGGCAGCAACAAUGACACAAGAAGCACUACACUGAAUGAAGCAAAGAAUGACGAGGUAAACAAUGGGAUCAAUAGUGACAGAAGCAUGGGGAACAAGGAAGGUGUUAUUUCGAUCCUGGAGAUACCUCAGCUGCAUCCACCACCAUCUCCUCCUCCACCGGCAACACCCUCAGCUCCAGAGGCAGAGAAGAAGUUGAGAGGCAAUGCGGUUGCAGUGCCCACUCCGGUGCCACCUUCUGUGUAUGGGCCACUAGUGCUAACGCGAUGCAAGUCAGAGCCAAUGAGGCCAUCGGCGAAGCUGACACCGGAUGCCUGCUUUUGGAAGGAUCGACAUCGGCCAAUCGGAUCCACCGAAAUUGGAUUCUGAGUUGAUCUACCAAUCUGAUUUUAGGCAAGCUAUGCAAAACUGUAUUAUCCACUGCUUGUAAUGUCGAUCACAUUAUGUGGUAUUGUUGUUAUGUAGCUUGUACAAUAACAAUAGCAAGGGAAACCUUUGUCA